CCUAACCCAUUUAGUAAUCACAUAGCCCAAACAGCCGAUCCAGAUUCGAAAAAACUGAACCGGAUUCGGUCGGGUCGGGUAUUACAAGGAAGGGAAGUUCUUAUAGUUUUGACUUGGGAGAGCGUCUGUUUGAUUCAGCAGGAGGUUAACAAUGGCGACCAAAGUACUCAUGGUUGCGGAGAAGCCAAACAUCGCUCUUUCAAUUGCUACAGCACUCUCUGGUGGUCGAAUGUCAUCACGAAGGGGUAGUACUGAGGUUCAUGAAUUUGAUGGCACAUUUCUAGGAUAUCGCGUGCAAUAUAAAGUGACGUCAGUUAUUGGUCAUGUUUUCAGUGUAGAUUUUCCACCAACGUAUCAAGAUUGGGCCGCUACGGAUCCUCUUAGUCUUUUUCAAGCUCCAGUCGUCAAGUCAGAAUCAAAUCCGAAGGCUCAUAUUCGCCAACAUCUAAACCGAGAGGCACGUGGAUGUGACGAUCUGGUACUGUGGCUGGACUGUGAUCGUGAAGGAGAGAACAUAUGCUUUGAAGUCAUCGAGUGCACAGGAUUUAAACCCCAUGACGGUAGAAGAAUUCAUCGUGCACGAUUUUCUUCUGUGACUGAGAAGGACAUUACUCAGGCGAUGAAAAAUCUUGUUCAGCCCAACAAAGAUGAGGCGUUGGCUGUAGAUGCUCGCCAGGAAAUAGAUUUGAAAGUUGGAGUUGCGUUUACGCGGUUUCAAACUACUUACUUUCUAGGAAAAUAUGGAAAUCUCGAUUCUAGAGUUAUCUCAUAUGGCCCGUGUCAAACUCCUACCCUUGGAUUUUGUGUGCAACGCUACCUUCAAAUUACUACCUUCAAGCCAGAAAAAUUUUGGGUCGUGUAUCCUUACAUAAUAAAGAACGGUUUUGAACUAAAGCUGGAAUGGGAUCGUAAUAGGUUGUUUGAUCAUGACGUUGCAGAGAUGUUUCAAAAGUUGAUAACUGAAGAUGGAGUUGUGAAAGUUACUGGUAUUUCAGAAAAGCAAGAUAGCAAAGGUCGUCCUUCUGGUCUUAAUACAGUCAACCUUUUGAAGGUCGCAUCAAGCGCCCUAGGGUUUGGACCUCACUUGGCGAUGCAACUGGCCGAGCGUCUGUAUACCCAAGGCUUUAUCAGCUAUCCACGAACUGAAAGUACAGCAUACCCUUCGUCAUUUGACUUUAAAGAAACUCUUGCCACAUUGGCGAGUAAUCCAGUUUGGGGCGGUUAUGUGCAGACACUGCUCAACAACGGUUACCAUAAGCCCAAAUCAGGAACUGAUGCAGGGGACCACCCACCGAUUACUCCUAUGCGUUCGGCUAAUGAAGAUAUGUUGGGUGGUGAUGCUUGGAAACUUUAUCAGUAUGUCUGUCAGCAUUUUCUCGGUACUCUCUCUCCUGACUGCAAAUAUGUAAGGACAAAAAUCGAGUUUUCUGUGGGCGGAGAAUUCUUCCAUUGUGUUGGGCUGCGUGUAACCGUGAAAGGAUUUACAGCAAUAAUGCCAUGGUUGGCAGUAACUGAAAAAAAUUUACCUCAGUUUACAGAAGGGGAGAAAAUACAGAUUUUAAAGGUCGAGUUAUAUGAGGGUAAAACCGCUCCUCCAGAUUACCUGUCCGAGAGUGAGCUGAUAUCACUAAUGGAAAAGCAUGGAAUAGGAACCGAUGCCUCGAUUCCUGUGCACAUCAACAACAUAAGUGAACGCAACUAUGUAAAGGUAGAGGCUGGAAGAAGGUUGGUUCCGACGGUUUUGGGCGUUAGUCUUAUACGAGGCUAUCAGUGUAUAGAUCCGGAUCUUUGUUUGCCCGACAUACGUAGUUUCAUAGAGCAUCAAAUCACUCUGGUUUCUAAAGGUCUAGCAAAUCAUUCACUUGUCGUGCAACAUGUGCUCGAACAGUUCAAACAGAAAUUCAAUUACUUUAUUAAGCAGAUCGAAAAUAUGGAUGCUUUGUUUGAAGCGCAAUUUUCUCCACUUUCAGAUACGGGACGUUCGCUUAGUAAAUGUGGAAAAUGUUUGCGAUAUAUGAAGUACAUAUCUAUGCUUCCGUCACGGCUGUAUUGUAAUACGUGUGAAGAAGUCUAUUAUGUUCCUCAAAAGGGGACUAUUAAGCUGUACAAAGAACUCACCUGUCCACUAGACAACUUUGAGCUCUUACUGUUUUCCAUGGCGGGACCCGACGGCAAGUCAUUCCCACUUUGCCCUUAUUGUUACAACAACCCUCCGUUCGAAGGCAUCGACACAUUAUUCGGUGCCCCCAAAACCGCCGGUGGUUCAGUCAAGUUAGGUAAAGGAGUCGGCAUGCCUUGUUUCCUCUGCCCGCACCCUACGUGCCGCCACUCGUUAAUAUCCCAAGGCGUGUGUGCCUGCCCGGAGUGUGACGGGACCCUUGUUCUCGACCCGGUCAGUGCUCCGAAAUGGAGACUUUACUGCAACAUGUGCAAUUGUCUUGUUUUGCUUCCGGAAGGUGCUCAUAGGAUUAGCACAACGAAAGAAAGAUGCCCUGAAUGCGACUCGACGAUAAUAGAGGUGGACUUUAACAAGAAAACAACACCGUUGAAAGAUGGAGCUACAUUACACAUUGGAUGUAUUCUUUGUGAUGAGUUGUUACAUUCGCUAGUGGAAAUGAAGCACGGGAAGUCGUUUUUUAGACGCGGUGGAGGGAGAGGAAGAGGGCGGGGGAGAGGCAGAGGUAGAGGGCGGGGACGGGGCGGUAGGAAACAAGACCCCAAAAUGAGUUUUCGCGAUUUUUGAAAUGUGACCGGAGUUUGUAUAUUUACCUUUUCUUUUUGGUAACAUGUAUGUGAUCAUAGACUUGUUAACAAAUUUAAUUUUGAUUUAGGAUUUGAUAAGAGCUUGAAAAUGAUUCAGAAGAUGUAUGCUACUUUAGAGGUGUUAGUUUUAACCGUUAUGAAUGGGUGAUUCAAAUUAUGUUUUAUGUA